AUGAAGUUCAUCUACGCUUUUGACUUUGACGGAGUGUUAGUCGAUUCGGCUGCCGAGCUCGGUUUGUCUGGAUUUGAUGCCGCAAAACUGCUGUGUCCAGGUGCCCCAUGGCUCACCCGCAGACUGCGACGACCGGAUCAAUUGGAGCAAUUGAUUCAGAACUUUUGCAAAGUACGACCUUGCCUGGAAACAGGUUGGGAGGCACCACUGCUAUUAAAGCUGUUGACAGAAGAGAAUGUCUCCAUUGACCAAAUAUUGCACGACUUUCAGCAUGGUCUUCGAGAAAAGACUCUGGAAGACUUGAAUGUUUCGGUAGAUCAGUGCAAGGAAGCUCUCAAGAAGGCGAGGAAUGACUGGAUUGCAUCCGACGACAAUGGCCAGGACUGGUUGGAAGCUCAUGGAUUUUAUCAGGGUGCUUGUGAUGCCGUCCGAAAGCUUCUGGAAGACCCUGAAAAAGUACCCGAUGUUUUCGUCAUUACCACGAAAGCUGCCGAUUUUACACAACGACUGUUGGAACAACAAAGACUGGCCGGGAAAGAUGCUCCUGGCGGUGGUAUACCCCCCGAACGAAUCUUUGGACUGGGAUCCCCACCCAAAGAAAAGGUGCUGGCCCAAUUACUGGAAGAGCGUGGGAGUCAAUACGCUGCUGUCUUUGUCGAAGACCGUCUCCUGACAUUGGACAAGACAAUGUCGGAUAGCGCCAUCAACACCAGAGUUCUUCCCGUUGUGGCUAGUUGGGGGUACAACACCGUGGAUCAGCGAGACGGCGGAAAGAAGGCUGGGUAUGUCAUUCUUGAUGCCGAGGAUACGUCCACUCUUGGCAAUGUGCUCAACGAUGCUGCAGCCGACAAACUUUUGACAGAACUCAACAGCAAAAAGUAA